UUUCACUGAGCUUCAGCAUCAGAGAGAUAGUCCUUUUGUAAUAGAGAACACCAAGAAAGAUCCUUAACUUUUUCCCUUAAAAUGGAGUCAGAAUCUACAGAUCCACCUUCAUAUGAUGGAAUAGAAGAAGUAUGUCAAAAGAAAAAUGUUCAAGACUUUGGACUUUUUGUUACAGUCUUAAUUUUUUCAGUGGUAAUUGUUCUGAGCCUAAUUGGUAACCUUUUGGUGGUUUGGAUUCUGCUCAGGUAUGAGAAACUGAAUACCGUGACAAACAUUUUCAUCCUUAACCUCGCCAUCUCUGAUUUGUUAUUCACUUUUACUUUACCUUUCAUUUCUUUAUAUGAAGCUCAAGGUUGGACUUUGGGAAAAGCCAUGUGCAAAACUGUAAAUGGUAUAUUUUAUAUCGGAUUUUACAGUGGCAUUAUAUUAAUGACAGUAAUGAGCAUAAAUCGCUAUGUUGCUGUGGUCCACCCGUUGGCAGAUCUUCGCUCCAGGAAGGGGUGCCAUGGAACCUGGGCAUCCCUGAUGAUUUGGCUGGUAAGCAUUUUGGCCAGUACACCUAGUAUCAUUUUCACUUCAGAUAUACAGGGCCAUUCACAAGACAAAACUCACUGUGAAUAUUAUGAUUUGACCUGGAAGAAAGUUGGAAAAUAUCAGCAGAAUGCUUUCUUUUUGAUUACGCUUACUGUCAUCGUCUACUGUUACAUGCGAAUACUUCUGAGGCUGCUUCAAUCCAAAACUCAGAAGAGGUACCGGACAGUGAAACUCAUUUUCACUGUAGUAGCAAUUUUUUUCAUAGGAUGGGCACCUUUUAAUAUUGUGAUUUUUUUACAGAAUUUGAGUUUUCAUGAAGUUGAAUAUUUUUUAGACUGCUCAGUCAACACAAACCUUGACUAUGCAUUUUUUGUCUGCCGCAUCUUUGCUUUCUCUCAUUGCUGCCUCAACCCAAUUUUUUAUGCAUUUGUGGGCAUUAAGUUUAAGAACCAUCUGAAAAAGCUUCUAAGGGGUUGUCAUUUUGACCACAGCACUGGAGACCAACACCAACAUCAUACCCGACUUCAUUUUAUUUCAAGUGGAGAAGAACUUUCAUUAAUUGGAUCACCACGGAAGACUUUUCGUCAUUGUCACUCACUUGGAUUGCCAAUGGAGUCUCCUUGAUCUGAAGACCAGCGCUGUAUAGAGCUGAGCUGGACUGUGCUCCCUAUUUGAUGGUCAACACCAGCAAGCGUCAUGAGUUGUUGUUUGAUGUUUGCCUGUCAUGACCAGUAACGUAAGUGAGAGUGGAAAUUGCACUUCUUCAGAGUGCAUUUCUUUCUGUUUCCCUUGUUUCAUUGUUUCCAAACAUAGUGUGUGCGUAUACAGAUGUCUUAACGUGUGGUGAAUUGAGAGAGGGCAAAUAUAAACCUGAGAGAUAAAGAGUGUGUUAAUGAUAUAAAUAAUAAUAAUAGUGCAGUGAGGUUGAUUGUGUUAAAGACAGAUUGGGUGAUUGUGUGUAUGUUUUAUUCUGUACUGUGCAUGCCUUUAAAAUAAGUAGAAGCGUGUUUGAGAGUGUCUGUGUCUACGAAUGCGGUGCUGCUUGUUUUAAGGGACGAGA